AAUUGCUUUUUAUGUAUUCGAACCUUGACUUUUUUCUUAAUGUAGUUCUUUGAUCCUUAAUAGAAGCAGCUGCUCCAUCCAAGCUGCCAGUUACAGGGCCAGACAUUAUAAAAGGGUGGCUGGGUUCUGAUUCCACAGGAUGGGGUGAAUUCCCAGGGACACCAUGGAAAUUCACCCUCGGUUAUACUUAAUGAAGAUAUGCUUUAUCAUUUAACCGAUUGCCAGGGUCAUUUGGGGGGUUAAAUGAAACAGUCUGAACAGCCCUCCAAACUCUGUCAAAGAAGGGUUCGUUGCAUAUAUAAAUAGUAAAUGACCCUUCUUUCUACCAAUUUUAGUAUUUCUUUCAAUAAUAGACAAGGUUUGUCCAGCUCCUCAUCCUGUUAUUCUCCCAUACAAGAACUAACCAGGCCUGACUCUGCUUAGCUUCUGAGAUGAGAUGAGAUCAGGGCACAUUCAGGGUGGUAUGGCUGUAGACCAUGUUGUUGUUCUCAUCCCAAGGAGGUGUUGGUGGGUUUCGGAAGCUGCAUAAUAAGGUGGAUUUGGGGUCAGAACGUAAGUUACUACUAUGGAUUUGCUCCUGCCUUGCUCUAACCAAAGGCAGAUUCCUUCAUGUCUGCAGGCUUCAGUUUCCUCCUUGGUGAAAUCUCUAGUAGUCCCUGCCCAUCUCCAUGGAUUGUUGAAUGAGGUGAUGCGUGUGAAGCUCCCUGUAAAGAAUGGUCCUGAGGUGACUGUGGUCCAGAGGGUCAGGCUUUUUCUUUUCUAUUUUGUCUCUCCAAAUCUGCCAGAGUCUCUUUCUUAAGAAAUUGGUCAUUUGGUACAUGAUCCUCUCUUAUAAUUCUUCGUCAGUGCUGGCAUUGAACACAUUCUGGCCUUUAGAGUAGGCAGGAUUUCCCACCCUUUAUGACUGUUUUUUGUUGUUGGUUUUUUUUUUUUUUUUUUUUUUUGGCAGGCCAGUAGAAGUAGAAGGAGCCCAGAGGCACCCAGGCAGAGCCCUAUCAACUGUGGCAAUUCAAGCUGCUGGAACAAGACCGAGAUAUAAAGGAGCCAGUGCAAUAUUUCAACAGUGUGGAGGAGGUGGCAAAGGCAUUUCCUGAACGCGUGUACGUCAUGGAGGAAAUAACAUUCAAUGUGAAGGUUGCUUCAGGUGAAUGCCAUGAGGACACUGAAGUUUACAACAUUACCCUGUGUACUGGGGAUGAACUCACUCUAAUGGGACAGGCAGAGAUCCUUUAUGCAAAAACUUUCAAGGAAAAGUCACGACUCAACACGAUCUUCAAAAAGAUCGGGAAGCUCAAUUCCAUCAGCAAGCUGGGAAAGGGCAAAAUGCCAUGCCUCAUCUGCAUGAAUCACCGGACCAAUGAAAGCAUCAGCCUUCCAUUCCAGUGCAAGGGCAGAUUUAGCACCCGGAGUCCCCUGGAACUUCAGAUGCAGGAGGGUGAACACACCAUCCGCAACAUAGUGGAGAAAACCAGGCUUCCUGUGAAUGUGACUGUGCCAAGCCCUCCACCCAGAAACCCGUACGACCUCCACUUCAUCCGCGAGGGGCACCGCUACAAGUUCGUCAACAUCCAGACCAAGACGGUGGUGGUUUGCUGUGUGCUGCGGAACAACAAGAUCCUCCCCAUGCACUUCCCUUUGCACUUGACCGUCCCCAAGUUCAGCCUCCCAGAACACCUGGUGAAGGGGGAGGGAUGGCCCGAAACCCUGGUCCAUCACUGGCUGGGGAUCUGCCAAGAACAGUUUGACAUUGACGAGUAUUCACGGGCUGUCCGCGACGUGAAAACCGACUGGACCGAGGACUGCAAGAGCCCCAAGAAGGGCCGGUGCUCCGGCCACAACCACGUGCCCAACUCCCUCAGCUACGCCCGCGAUGAGCUGACCCAGUCCUUCCACCGGCUCUCAGUGUGUGUGUAUGGCAACAAUCUCCAUGGCAACAGCGAGGUGAACCUCCACGGCUGCAGGGACCUGGGGGGAGAGUGGGCCCCCUUUCCUCAUGACAUCCUGCCCUAUCAGGACUCUGGUGACAGUGGGAGCGACUACCUUUUCCCUGAGACCAGCGAAGAAUCGGCAGGCGCCCCGGGGAAGUCAGAACUUCCCUACGAAGAGCUAUGGCUGGAGGAAGGCAAGCCCAGCCAUCAGCCUCUUGCUCGCUCCCUGAGUGAGAAGAGCAGGUGUGAUCAGUUUCUAGGUUCUGCCCGGUCCAAAUGUGCAACUUCUCCUCUUCCUGUCCCCGGGACUCUGGGAGCAGCAAUGAAGUCUUCAGAUACUGCCCUACCUCCACCUCCAGUGCCUCCCAAAUCUGAAGCCGUCAGGGAAGAAUGCCGGCUCCUGAACGCCCCACCUGUUCCGCCCCGAAGCGCAAAGCCGUUGUCCACCAGCCCCUCCGUCCCUCCUCGCACAGCCAAGCCAGCGCGGCAGCAGACUCGCUCUCCCAGCCCCACCUUGUCCUACUAUUCUUCAGGGCUGCACAACAUCAGCGUUACUAAAAGUGACACAAGUCCUUCUGAAAGUGCUCCUGUGUCCUGCUAUCCAUGUAGCCGAGUGAAGACGGAUUCCGUGGACCUGAAGUCCCCGUUUGGAAGUCCCUCUGCUGAAGCUCUGUCCUCCCGGCUCUCAUGGCCGAACCAUUACUCCGGAGCGUCGGAGGGCCAGACCAGGAGUGACUUCCUGCUGGAUCCAAGCAGGAGUUACAGUUACCCUAGACAAAAGACACCAGGCACACCAAAGAGAAACUGCCCAGCACCUUUUGAUUUUGAUGGCUGUGAGCUCUUGGCGAGCGCCCCCAGCUCAACCACUGCGGAAUUCAGUAGCAGCGUCUCUGGUUGUCCCAAGUCAGCCAGCUACUCUCUGGAGAGCACAGAUGUGAAAACUCUUGCGGCUGGCCCCACAAAGCAGAGCGUAUCCUGCCCUGCCUUGCCCCCCAGGGCCCCAAAACCAGUGGAAGAGAAAGCUGCCUCCGAAACAUCUCCUUUGCCUCUGAAAAUCGAUGGUGCUGAGGAAGACCCCAAGUCUGGGUCACCAGAUCUCUCUGAGGACCAGUAUUUUGUUAAAAAGGGCAUGCAGGACAUCUUCUCUGUCUCCUACCCUUUCUCAUCCCCACUCCACCUCCAGCUGGCCCCCAGAUCCUGUGGCGAUGGUUCCCCGUGGCAGCCACCUGCUGACCUGUCCGGACUGUCUAUAGAGGAAGUGUCCAAGUCAUUACGGUUCAUUGGUUUGUCCGAAGAUGUCAUAUCCUUCUUUGUUACCGAAAAGAUUGAUGGGAAUUUGCUUGUUCAACUAACAGAAGAAAUCCUCUCAGAGGAUUUCAAAUUGAGCAAACUGCAGGUGAAGAAAAUAAUGCAAUUCAUUAAUGGCUGGAGGCCCAAAAUAUAGCCAAAUUAACCCCAGCUAGCGUGGAACAAAACUGGCAAAUGCGUGUUCUGGAAGGGGUGGGCUGGGACACAAUUUCAUGUUUUUGCACUAAAAACCUUCUCUGUAAAUAGGGAUAAGAGAAACUCUUACUAUGCAGAUUACGUUUUUGAAUGGUGAACAGGCUAUUUUGUACAUCAAUAAAAAUGCUGUACAGAACACUUGGAGGUGUGCCUUGUACGUCACUCAACACUCAGCAGCUGCUAAAGAAAAAAAAAAAAGGCAUGUGCAGAGAAAUCAUUCUUACCCAAGUAGGUUUAUGCAAGAAGGUAUGAUAUUUAUUGCAAAAUAGCCAAAGCCAAAAGACAUAAGAAUCUUUAAAGAAAAAUACUUCUGAACAGUUCCCUUCUUUCAAGGGGUUGACGUUAGACAAUUAACUAUAUUCUGUACUCUUGUCAUUUGGAUUGCUUAAUGCUAAUUGUUUUUUCUCUUGUGCCUGAAAAUGUUAGUGGUAUGAAAUGACACUUCAAUGUUACAUGCUUGGUGGGGAUCUUUUUAUCAAAAGGCAUUUUCCAAAAGUCAUGUGAUGAUAGAGGCUAUAUGAUGUCCUCAGAAAUCAUGCAAAUCAUGACCACAGUAAUUUUAUCUGUUAACUGCUGCUAAUUUUAUUAAGCAGAGAGAAAACAAAAUAUACAUAUAUGUAUGUGUGUAUAUGUAUACACGAUACACCAAUAUGUUUUAAACAUCAUUUUGAGUCUGAGUAUUUUAGAUAAUAUCUGUUCACUUUCAACUAUCCAUUGAGGUUUGGGGACCUUUAACUAAGUUGAUUCUCUUAGGAAUAGUGGACAGAAUGAUUCCAAAGAUUCUAGCACCCUGUCACUCGAAGCUUAUUCUCAUUUGGCUUCAUCACUGAAAACUUGGAGCAAAUCAGUAAAAAGUCUUAUUGAAGAAUCAUUUUAAACCCACUGUGGGGCUUGUUUUUGUGUAUAAUACUCCCAGGAUGGUGUCUGGGGAAAUGACAGUUUCUGAUGAAUGACAGUUCUCGGGUUUGAGGGUCUUUUUCCCCUGGCAUCUGAUAGAGAGAGGUCUGAAGAGCAUUUCUCAGAGUGUUCCCAACUUGCUUCAUGCUUUAGGAGAGCUCAGAAAUCAGGCAUACCAUCCUUUAUGAUUACGCGUGCUCCAUCUAUUGAGCAAUUUUUAAAAUAUCAAGAAGAGGACUUGUUUAUUUCAUAAACCUCUUCUUCCCCCAUUUCCAAAGAAAAUACAUUAUUACCGUACUUUGAUUCCAAGAAUUCCAGGGCAUUAGUCUGACGAUUUUUGCUAAAAGGGAUUAAAUAUUCCAAAAUAUAAUCAGCAUCGUUCUUGACUUUUUGAAAGAAUGUAAAUCUUAGAGAAGUUUCAGUUCUCUGAGCAGUGCAUCUGGCCUACUAGCCCCUCCACCCCGAGUCUGUCCCGGAUUCCAGAUGUACAGACAGUCUGUGACCGAGGUACACACUGUGGCCUCUUGGGUGGUUUAGCCAACAAGGUGGCAGGAUGACUUGCAGGAUCGGGUUAUAUUUUAUCAUCUCUUCCUGCUCACCAGAAUAAAUAAAUAAAUUUAAAGACAAGACCCACCAGUCUAGUUUUGUAGACUUGCAAUAUAUGUCUUUAUUCCUUUGCAUUAGGAAGAUUAUUUUUAACCCUUCUCAUGGUUUAGAGUUAAGGUGAAUUGACACCUAUUCUAAUUUUCCCUCUAGAUCUCCUUUAAAAAAAAAAAGGCAUUUUUUUUCUCCUAACAUAUCUCCCAAACUGUACAUAUAAUACUAUACUCUAGGUAAAAAAGAGUACCCUGUAAAUUCCUCAAACUGGAGCACCUCUUCAAAAGUAACUGGCAGGUCUAUGAAGAAGUGUCAGGUACUGCACUCACAGGACAUGAGAUUGAGGAGACCUCCAUGUUCAGAAGGCAUCAUUCUGUGUCAGGGGAACUACCCCCCUUACUAAAGUUAACCUCUCAGAACUUCUUUUUUAAAAUAAAAACAGAAAAGAUGCAUUCGCCAAGCUGCAUGUUUUCAUUGGGAAUCCCUUGCUGAAUCAGUUUUAAAACACUCAGCACUUGGACAAAAUUCUCCAAUUCAGGAGGGAGCAACAGGGUUGGUUUGGGUUUCCAUUGAAGGCUGCCCCACAGAAACAACUGAAUUCUAUUUUUUCUUUUGCAAGAACUUUACACAAAAUAGAGUUGUUUUCUUUUUGUUCAUUUGUUCUAGCUCUUGGCAUAUUUAUGUCAAGUUUAUACUGAUUGGCAGUAGGGAGCCUCCUUGAGGGCAGGGAUUAUGGCCUUUGAUCCAUUGAUGCAUUUAACAUUUAGUGAGCACUAUGCUGGUAUCGCUCUGUGAUGCUGGGGAAGAGACGCAGCCCCUGCCCUCUUAGAGCUCAUUGUUGUUUGCAUUUAAAAUCACAGUUGCUAGGACUGUAUGUGUGGGUAAGGGAGACUUGAAAUCUUCUGGGCAGCUGGAUGCGUGGAGAGUUAGUGCAUCAUGUCUUUAAGGAAUCCACAGAUGAAAGAAAUGGCAGCCUCUAUAAAAGGGCUCUGUUCAUAAGCACCACGUGACCAUUAAGACAAGGUGUGUGUUGAGGGCAGGAAGUAUCUCUGUCCCUCACUGCCUAGUAGAUUUUUUAAAAAAAAAAACUGACCUGAACGUUUUAAAUUGUACUGAAUACCUUCUGGCAAAACGACACAUGUAAUGGCCAUUCCUGAGCUGAGCACCUGUCUGUGGAGGACCUUGGCACCCAGACUAGACGAGGCAUUCACAGCCCCGAGAGAAUCCCGGCAACAAAUGCAGAGGAGGGUGAGAAGGAGACAGCCCUUCCCUCCUGAGAGCUGCGGUUUUGCAGUGAAAAGCGACGUACAGAGAUCCCCACGAGCAGAACCUUGCGACCUUUUUGGGGAUCCUUAAAUUUCAUGGCAAAAGUCAUCAUGGCCCCCGUCAGAACAGAAAAUCAGCAAUAAACCGAUCCAAGCAGCUAAAAACGUACCAUGUGGACCUGACUCACGUUGGGAGGGAGGACUCCAGCACUCACAGAUCAGUUCCUCCUCAGAAUCUUGUAAACGCCUGCAAGUUCUCUCUUCUUUAAGUUGGGCUGCUCAGCUUUUAUGAACUGUGAAAUUUACACUUAACACUCUUCCAACCCACAUUUACCAUUCCAGUUUAUGAAGUUGCAGGAAGCUGCCCAUUGAGCUAAAUUGCAGUGUUUUUUCUUGUCUCGUGUAGGAACACAACAAUCUUAUGGCAGUCCGUUUCAGCUGUUUUCAGACACAGGCACAAACAGCCUCUGUUCACAUUCCAGAACCACCCGUACGUUAUCCAUGCAGCUCCCUGAGAAAUUUAGGAGUUGGGUGUAGAUAAAUACAGAGUCCUUCAUCUUCCAAACACUUUGUAUAAGUCGCUCCUCAUCAUGCCUAAGGAGUAUAAAGAUUAACAUUUUGAAUAACUGGAAAACAAAAUAGUCCUCCAAAGAACUGUUCAAAGGAAACUUCAAUUUCUGUCUACAGAAAAAGUUAAAUCUGCUGUUGGGCACAGGAGGUUUUCAGAAACACGUCCAUUGUAUCAAUUUUCACUAUUUUUCAAGUAAUAGAAUUGUGCCAGGCUGCUAGGGCAAGAAGAAUAAAAGGCCCAGAGUUCAAAUGAUGGGAAGUAGGACUUGUAUACUGUGGGGUUGUAAUAUUACGGUAUUCUUAUGGCCACAUCGUGUUAAAUCACAUUGUUUUGUCUUCAGAACUUGGUGUUUUAAAAUGUGUCUCAUUGUGAUAGCCGGAAAAGGAGUAAACGUGAUUUCAGUUACAACUAUACAAAUAUCUUCUGUCAUUUUGCUGCUCUAAUUUUUAGGUUAUAAAUUUUGUGAUAGAGCUGAUCAGAUCAGAUUACGAAUUUCCUUUGUUUACAAUCUCAUAUAGUAGGGCUCAGAUAAUUUCUUAACUGUAAACCCUUUCUCCCACUUUUUUUAUUAAAUUCCAUUUAAAAAUAUUGUUUAAGGUAAGCCUAAAAAUUGGAUUCAAUGAAUUAAUUUGAGGGAGUUUUCAUUAAAUGGAAAAUGUAUUCUUUUCAAAGAAUUUUGGAACCAUCUUUACAAUUCCUUUGCUUGGAAAAACGUGGGUUUUUAACUACUAGUUAACCGUUGCAUUACUCUCCAGAGCAUUAUCUAAUGGGCCCAGUGUGUACCUCAAGAUAAACACGGUAUGUUAUGUCUAAAAAAUGCAUUGUCUGUUGAUUUAAAUGAUUCUGAAAUGUCUAUAAAUAAAGAAAUUUUCGAAGUUA